UUUAAUCCUACACCUGCCCGACCACAACCCGCCGUUUCGCCAUUUGAAGACGACGACGAGGAGCCAGAUAACAAGUCGAAGAAUGGCAGUUCAAGGUCCUUGUCCAGGUUCUUUAGCAAGUCUUCGGACGUUCCGCCACUGCCCGUUUCAUCCAAGGACGACACCUCGGCACCGUCCAGCAAGAGCGGUGGCGGCUGGAACUCGCUCACCGCCAUCUUUUCCAACAAGCGGUCGACUUCAAAUCUGUCGCUACCCAACGAGGCUGCCGAGAUGGGCGAAAAUCCCGGAUACGACUAUCCACCUUCAAACCCCUACCCCGGUACUCGUGGCGUGACCGUCAAUUGGCGCGAAAAAGUUGCGUCCGACUUUUACACUGGCGACAUGGGAUCACGAAAACGACAAGGCUCUUCUGUUACGCGAUCAGACUAUGACGUGACACAUGUGGUGGCCUUUGGUCGAAGGCCGUCCGACACGCCUAGUCAUGCGGCUUCGCAAGAUGGAGCGAGGAGCAACAGCGAUACCUGGUCUCGAUCCGCACCGCUCGCUCCUCCCACUCGUAUUCCUCCUCCACUUUUGGCACGCAAAGUGGCAAGAAUUAUGCAGCUACCUCAAAUACAAGCCUCCGAGGACCUGUUGAACUCGUCAACCC